AUGUCUCGUCCUGACACAAAUCUCCUGCACUCUUUGUCGCCUGAAAUCUCUCAGCGGCUCAAAGAUCUCCUGGAUCAAGCCCUGCUUGAGUUUAUACGGCCAAAUUCUGUGUCUCAGUUUGCUCAACAUGCUUCCGAGUUGGAAAAGUUCCGCGAGGUUAUGUCACAGAGAAAUUCGAAUGAUGAUAUAGAAUUUCUGCGCAGUUUCCGAGAAUCCAUUCCCACCACAAAUUACGAUCCUUACAGGCCGUUCAUGGCCAAGUUUUUUGCGACACCUUGCAAGGAGUCUGACGUGGAGAACAUGUUCGCCCCAGGACUGCCCUACUGCUUAGCUGCUUCCAGCACAACAUCUGGAAAAGCACCAAAGACAUUCCCGAUAUAUCGACCUGCACCGCACCUUUUGCAUCAUCCUUUAUAUUUGCCGCUUUGCCACUCGGAGGGUAGUAUCUUAUCACCAUCUUCUUUGAGUUUUGGGCAAGCCCUGAAGAUUGAUUUCGAGGACGGCCAUAGCUCCAAGGUGUUGCCAGUGUGCUCGGUAACCGUCGGUUUUCUGCGAAUGCAAAUGAACUGGCACGUCGACCACGACAAGGACAGAAUUAAUUUAUGGGUUCCGGGAAAAACCGAUCCAUACGCGAUUUCCUUGGUGAAGAGCUAUCGCGCUUUCUUCAUUCUGAAUGCGCUAUUUGCACUCGCAGACCGUCGGGUCACAACCAUUCGCUUCCUCUUCGCCAGUGUAUUCGUCAAUUUUUUGCAGUAUGUAGAGGAUGAGUGGCCUCUGCUCGUCAACUGCAUCGAGAACGGGAUUAUCCCAGACAUGGAAAAACUAGACCAUUUGCGAGAGCCUUUAGAGAAACAUUUUACUCCAAACCCUCUUCGAGCUGCCGAACUUCGCGAAAUCGGGCCUCCCGGAAUCCAGGGUUGGGCAGUCCGUGUGUGGCCUGACUUGAAAAAGUUCAUUGGGAUCACUGGAGGUCCCGCUGCUGCAUCGCGACACAAGAUCACUCACGUCCUCGGGCCUUCUGUUGCCAUGCAGUCUCCUUGUUAUGGCAGCUCAGAGUGUUAUAUCGCCGUACCAUAUUUCAACGGCGACCCUAAUACCGACUUCAAGGUGGUACCUGUAGAUGGUGUCACCGAGUAUCUGGACGUGCGUUCCAACGAGCCUUCGGAGCGUGUAUUGUCCGCCUGGGAGCUUGUGACUGGAGGACAUUACGAGCCCGUCUUGACGACACGCAAUGGCUUGUGGAGAUACCGCAUUGGCGAUGUCGUCACUGUGAAAGGCUUUGCGCCAGAUGACGGAUUACCCGUCAUCAAUUACCUUCAUAGGCGAGAUGGCUCACUUGGGCUGGCGUAUGGAUCAACGUGUACAGAGUCGCAAUUGACGAACGCGAUCGUAUCUGCCUCUACACGAUGGAUCGGCCAAAUCAUAGAUUUCACUGUUGUAGCCGAUGAUCGAGACACGCCAGUUACUUAUGGGUACUUGGUAGAAAUUGGAGGUGAAAUAGGAAAGGACGCGAAAAUGGCCACACAGCAAACUUUUGAAGACCUCAUGACAAACGAUGAAUAUCAUAUGGCUUUUUGGCAAGGGAGAGCAAGAAAGCCAACUAUACGUCUCGUGGAGAGAGGCACGUUCACAGAAUAUCGCAGGCAGAAAUGCGACAAGACAAACGUCUCGAUGGGCCAGGUGAAGGUUCCCAUCGUCUUAUCUGACUCAUCGUUCAAGGAAUGGCUCCUGCAGAAAGUUGUUAUGGAGUUGUAA